AGUUAAUAAUAGUGAUAUCUAUCGUCGUGCUUGGGCUUGUAGCAUGGGCCGAUAAACCUGCAUUCACCCUGAACUGUAACAACUACCAUCUCGUCUUCGUCUUCCUUUUUAGCUAGGGUUUAUAGUAUUGGCGAUACCUGUAACAGAAAAGCAAAUAACUUUACAAGAGAAUCAUAAACAAUGGCAACAGAAAAUGGAGAAGUGGAGACGACAAAGAAGCAAAAACAUAAGGGAAAGCACGAUAAGCCAAAACCAUGGGACGAUGAUCCAAAUAUCGACCAUUGGAAGAUUGAAAAAUUCGAUCCUUCUUGGAAUGAAAGUGGAAUGCUCGAAGUUAGUUCAUUCUCCACUCUCUUCCCUCAAUACAGAGAAAAAUACUUGCAAGAAGUUUGGCCAAUGGUGAAAUCUGCUUUGAAAGAGUUUGGUGUAGCAUGUGAGUUGAACCUGGUUGAGGGGUCAAUGACGGUUUCAACUACUAGGAAAACUAGGGACCCCUAUAUAAUCGUCAAGGCUAGGGAUCUCAUUAAACUUUUAUCAAGAAGUGUUCCUGCACCUCAGGCAAUCAAAAUUUUGGACGAUGAAAUGCAAUGUGACAUUAUCAAGAUUGGAAGCUUUGUCCGAAAUAAGGAACGAUUUGUUAAGCGAAGGCAGCAUCUUGUGGGUCCAAAUUCUUCCACGUUGAAGGCCCUUGAGAUUUUGACGGGCUGCUACAUCUUAGUUCAGGGAAACACUGUUGCUGCUAUGGGCUCAUUUAAAGGUUUGAAACAAGUAAGAAGAAUUGUGGAAGAUUGUAUGCAGAAUAAAAUGCAUCCUGUCUACCAUAUCAAGAUUCUUAUGAUGAAGAAAGAGCUUGAAAAGGAUCCAGCGCUUAAAAAUGAGAACUGGGAUAGGUUCCUUCCAAAGUUUAAGAAGAAAAAUGUCCAAACAAAGAAGGUUAAGAGCAAAAAAAGGAAAGAAUAUACACCAUUUCCCCCUCCUCAGCAACCUAGUAAGGUUGAUCUGCAACUCGAGUCAGGACAAUACUUUUUGAGCAAUGAGAAGAAACAAGCAAAGAAGUGGCAAGAGAAGCAGGAGAAGCAAGCAGAAAAAACAGCUGAAAACAAAAGAAAACGAGAAGCUGCAUUUAUUCCUCCUGAGGAGCCCAAACAGCAGAAAGCAGGUAUAUCAGAGGAUAAAAAUGUCGAUGUGACUGCCUUGGCCAUGUCGAUAAAGAAAAGAGCGAAGGAUUUUGGGAAACAAAAGGCUGUUGAGAAUGUCAAUGCAGCAGAAUAUAUUGCUGCUUCAGGAGACCCACCAAAGAAAAAGAAAUCAAAACGGGUUUAGCCUGGAAGUUCCUGCUAAUGACGAAAUAUUUUUUAUUUUUUGGCCUUGUAAUUUCAUUCUGGUUCUCAUAUCUUAGGAUCAUGACAUGUGUAUGGAAAUCUUACUCUGCUGUAUGAUUCUCAAACAAAGAACUAUUUCCACCCUUUUUGUGAAGGCUUAAUGCGGUGCCUGAAUUUGUAUUAUGUUGCAAUUUCUCUCGAUUUUGACUUUUUAUAUCAA